CCAAAAUAAUUAGGAUCCGUUUCGAGUAGAAGAAGAAAUAGAAUCAGAGGGACUACAGCAGUUUGUUACUUGGUAGUAAGUAGGCAAUGGAAGGAGAAGGAUUCUGCAGCGAUUGGGGAGAGAUAGUAGCAGAAAAGGUUGUGUCGGCAUACAUCUCUCUGCCGAAGAAGGGAAAACCUCAGGGACGUGAAGUCACCGUCCUAUCCGCUUUCCUUGUCUCUUCCCAAUCCAAAGACCCGGAAGUAAUAGCGUUGGGAACUGGGACCAAGUGCGUAAGUCGGUCGCUGUUGAGUCCCCGUGGAGACAUUGUUAACGAUUCUCAUGCCGAAGUUGUCGCCAGAAGAGCUCUCAUGAGGUUCUUCUAUUCCGAGAUUCAGCGGAUCCAGCAACUGACUUCCCCCGAUCAGAGGAGGACAUGUUAUAAUAAUGAUGAUGCCAAGCGCCAGAGAUAUGAUGGUAGCGUAACAAGCUCGAUACUAGAGUCAGCAGACCCAUGCUCUCCUGGAGAAGUGAGUUAUUAUAAGCUCAAAUCUGGGUGCCACUUGCAUUUGUACAUUUCUCAAUUGCCAUGUGGUUAUGCUUCUACUAGUUCACCCUUGUAUGCCCUGAAAAGUAUUCCAUCAACACAAGUAGAUGACGAAACCUCGUCUGGGCAUUCUCAUGUUCCAGAGUUUGGUAAUAGCAACAAAGGUAAUGGCUCACAAGUAGCAGAUAUGGUGCAAAGAAAGCCUGGUCGUGGUGAAACCACACUCUCUGUUAGCUGUUCGGAUAAGAUAGCUCGAUGGAAUGUUCUUGGAGUUCAAGGGGCACUGCUUUCCCAAGUCCUUCAGCCUGUGUAUAUUUCUACCAUCACCGUUGGACAAUCUCUGCACUUUCCUAAUAGUUUUUCUUUGGCUGAUCACUUGCAAAGGUCUUUGUAUGAGAGGAUCCUUCCAUUAUCGGAUGAGCUUCUAACUUCCUUCCGUUUAAACAAGCCACUGUUUUUUGUAGCUCCAGUACCACCAUCAGAAUUUCAGCAUUCAGAAACUGCUCAAGCUACCAUAACAUGCGGGUAUUCCUUGUGUUGGAACCAUUCUGGGUUACACGAAGUUAUUCUUGGAACAACCGGUAGAAAGCAAGGCACCUCAGCUAAGGGAGCUCUGUAUCCGUCUACUCAAUCAUGUAUAUGCAAACAGCGGUUACUUGAACUAUUCUUGAAAGAAGCUCACGGACACGAAAAUGAAUCUUCUAAGUCAAUAAGAUCUUAUCGAGAACUGAAGGACAAAGCUACGGAAUAUUCUUUGAUGUCGAAGAUUUUUAAAGGAAAAUAUCCAUUCAACAACUGGCUAAGAAAACCCUUGAAUUACGAAGAUUUCUGAUAGAUUAGUCUUGAGGUGACCUGAAGCAAGUCGAUGUCUCAGACUCUCAGUUAUCACAAAGUCUAUGUUUCCAAAUCAUUAGAAGAAAAGAAAAGAAAAAACAGGGGAAAGGAGUUGUACCAUGCGAU